AUGUUUAUCAUUAACUGGUUUUAUGAUAUCCUUGCAAGUCUUGGAUUAAUGAAUAAACAUGCAAAACUGUUAUUUCUUGGUCUUGAUAAUGCAGGAAAAACAACACUGUUGCAUAUGUUGAAGAAUGAUAGAUUGGCAACAUUUCAGCCUACAUUGCAUCCGACGAGUGAAGAAUUAGCUAUUGGAAACUGUUUAUUUACGACAUUUGAUCUAGGAGGACAUCAGCAAGCUAGGAGAUUAUGGAGAGACUAUUUUCCAGAAGUAGAUGGAAUUGUCUUUCUUGUUGACUCAUCGGAUGUGGAACGAUUUUUGGAAUCAAAAGCAGAAUUAGAUGCUUUACUUUCUAUCGAAGAAUUGUCAAAAGUACCAUUUCUUGUGCUUGGAAAUAAGAUUGAUGCACCCGGGGCCGUUUCAGAAGAAGAAUUGCGUGUGACAUUGGGACUAUUCCAAACAACAGGAAAAGGGAAAGUGUCAGCUGAAAAUAUACGUCCAAUUGAAGUAUUUAUGUGCUCAGUUGUUAUGAGGCAGGGAUAUGGUGAUGGAUUUAGAUGGUUAAGUCAAUAUGUUUAA